AUGGCUUCUACGGGUAAUAAAGACUUUCUCGACUUAUGUCGUAAAUAUAUGCAUGGAAGUGGUUUGGGACCAUCAAGUCCAAAAAUUAAACGGUUUAUUUCUCUUGGGUUAUUGUUACCGCUUAGUUUACUUUUGGACGUUUUGGUAAUUUAUGAUUUUCAUUUCUUGGAUAAUGACAUAUUCAAAAUAGCAGAGUUGUUUGAAUCGGUUUCUUCAUUUGGACAACUUCCGAUUCGAAAAUUUAUAUUAACACACCAUUCAAAAUUAAUCCAAAAUCUCCUUGAGGAAAGGAAGAAAUUUUGGUCGUACGAUAUGUUUGGUAAAAAAUAUGGAAAAUAUCUUCGCCAUAAAAUGGUACUUGCUACGAGACUCAUCCAAACGAUGAUUUUGUUUGGUGCUUCUGUUGCCACAUUAAUGUUUCUUGCAACUUUAGCCGACGACACAAAAAAGGUUCCUUUGGAAUGCUGGAUUCCUGAUUUUAAACACUCGACUCAUGUUGUACUUGUAAUGCAAUUUUUUUCAUUGUCUGAAAUUAUUUAUCUUGUGGGUGCUGUUGACUGUUUGUAUGUUUUAAUGUGUGUUGAAAUUAAAAUACAAUUUUUGCUGUUACAAAAGAAACUGAAAACAAUUCAAGUUGAGCUGAGAACAAUGGAAGAGUGUUUAAACGAUUUAAUAAUAUGUGUAAAACAUCACAAUUUAUUGUUGAGGAGUCACAAGAAACUGAACCGAAUUUUUUCCGAAUAUUUCUUUGUACAAUAUUUUGUGAGUGUUCUGGCUGCUUGUGUGCAACUCUACAUCUUAAUAUACGUAUCGGCGAAUCUCGAGGAUACACUAAAAAGCAUUGUUUACUUGUCUGCUGUAGUUUUUCAUGUUGCAAUAUUUUUCAUGCCUGCAAGCGACAUCGAAGAAGAGGCUGAACAAUUUGCUGCUGAAAUUUAUAACGUCAAUUGGGAAUUUACCAGUGAAACAAAAUUUCGUAAACAACUCUUGUUUAUGUUGAUGAAGGCACAAAAACCCUUAUACAUGCUGGGAGGUGGAAUGAUUCAUGCCAACCGGAAUGAAUAUAUUGUGUUAUUCAGACUCGCUUUUUCCAUUUCUACUUUAUUGGGAGGAAUGAACGAAAAUGGAAGGACCAAUAAAUAAUGCAAGAGGCAAUACGAAAAUUCUUUAUUCUUUUUUUGCACAUACACAAGAAAAAUACAAAGUUUACAUAACUGUUUUAGUUGAUAUAACAAUAUUUAGGAGAAAAGAAAGUAUCUACUG